GAGGCGCAGGACUUGAGGGCUAGCGGUCUGGCCGGGCGGGAUGAGCGGGCCCGGAGCAGCCGGCUCGGUGCGCGGGCUGCGGGUGGACGGGCUGCCCCCGCUGCCCAAGAGCCUGAGCGGGCUGCUGCACUCGGCGUCGGGCGGCGGCGCGUCGGGGGGCUGGAGGCACCUGGAGCGGCUGUACGCGCAGAAGUCGCGCAUCCAGGACGAGCUGAGCCGCGGGGGCGCUGGCGGCGGCGGGGCGCGGGCCGCGGCGCUGCCCGCCAAGCCUCCCAAUCUGGACGCCGCGCUGGCCCUGCUGCGCAAGGAGAUGGUCGGCCUCCGACAGCUGGACAUGUCCUUGCUCUGCCAGCUAUACAGCCUCUACGAGUCCAUCCAGGAAUACAAGGGAGCGUGCCAGGCUGCGUCGAGCUCAGACUGCACUUACGCGCUGGAGAACGGCUUCUUCGACGACGAGGAGGGCUAUUUCCAGGAGCAGAGCCCCCUGCACGACAGGAGGGAGCAAAGCCCCCCGAGGGACCCCUCACCGCCUGUCUCCCCGCUCUGCAGCGCCGACUGGAUCCUGGAGUCCAUCUAAAGGACCCAGGAGGGAGGCGACUGUCAGCGUGUGCUUCUCCUCUCCUCCCCCGCUGCGGGCAUCCCCAGGCCAGUGGGACCUGUGCUGCCCGUUCAGUUUGCAGGCAGGGAGAUCUGCCUGGGCGCGGGGCCUCGGGCCGCUUCAGGGGCCGCUUUCUACUGAGGUGACCUGGAGGCGUUCAGCAAUCUCCUCACAGCCUGGCCCUGAGGCCCUGCGGCCAAGGAUUUGUACUGAGAGCAUGAUGAGAGGGUCCCUGGAGAAGACCUGCUCGGGUUAUUUUGUGCAAGAUGAGAGGACCCGUGUGUAGCUGGCGGCUUUCUCACAGGUAGGGUUUGCCUCCAGUUUACAGUGUAAGAGAGCUAACACUUCCCUGCUGCCCUUCCUCGGUGUGUUCAACAGCCCUUCUUGCUGUUUCCUGAGCUCUGAAGCCACUGGGUCGAGCUGUAUUUAUUUGUAAGCUGCAUUACUCAUGGUCCAGUGACUCAGUAAAAGCUUUUCACUGAAACAGUAAACAUUUCAGGUCACACCAAUCAAGAGAACUGCAUUCUCUUAACCUGUCAAAAAUUUUUGUAUCAUCGUUUGUCCCUCAGAUGUGGGAGGAAGGAAGAUAGUACAAAGAUACUUCAAGCGGGGUUGGGGGGGGAAACUGGAGCAAGCUGUGUUUUGUGUCACCCACGGUAAGGCGGUGAACGUUUCAGGUUUUAAAGAUUCUGAAUGUCAGCUACUAUGUGAGAAAGCAAACUCUUCCACUCAAAACGGUCGUCACCUUAAGCCUUACUAUAUUUAUUAAAAUCUUUCAUGCACACUUUACGCUUUGUAGGUUACAAGUGAGGAUAAAAUGCUAAACUGUC